AUGAUGAGUCCUCUGGGAUUACUUUUGAAUCAUUGUUGUAUCCAAUUAUUUGUGACGUCAACUUCAUUCCUAUACUUCAAGGCGGUGAAACGCAGCAAUAUCAAAGCGGUAAGGCCUCGUGAACACCUGGAGGCUUAUCUCAUCCAAGCUGAACUCGGAGAUCUCCGCUUUCUCAAAUCAAAUGGAGUCUGUGAGAGUCUGUGA